AUGGACAGCAUCACACUUUCUUGCACUUUCCUCCUUUCCAUUGUAUUCUUAUCGUGCAUAACAGAAGCAGUGACAUAUAAUGUGAUCAACUUCGGUGCAAUACCAGAUGGGAAAACCGAUGCAACACACGCUUUCUUAAAGGCUUGGGCAUCGGCAUGCAACUCUGGUUCUGGCUCAGGCUCAGGCUCGACCAUUUACGUACCAAAGGGGACUUACAUGAUAAAGGCAGCAAAGUUUCAAGGUCCAUGCAAGGACCGGAUCGAUGUUCAGAUUGAUGGUAACCUUGUAGCGCAGUCGCCCGUGGAUUAUUCCGGCGAGGCAGGAAAUCCUGGCUACUGGAUAUUAUUCAUUAAGGUGGACCGGCUUCGAGUCAUUGGUGGAACUCUUGAUGGUAAGGGGGCUGGCUUUUGGGAAUGCGAAAGCUCCGGACAGAACUGCCCAACAAGAGCAAGGUCGAUGACAUUCAACUGGGUUAACGACGUCGUAAUUGAUGGCUUAACCUCGAUUAAUAGCCAACUGAUGCACCUGGUAAUCAAUAGUUGCAGCAAUGUAAUAGUACAAAAUGUGAAGAUUAUUGCACCAGAGCUAAGCCCCAACACAGAUGGGAUUCAUGUCCAGUCCUCCACCAGGGUUACCAUCACAGAAAGUAAUAUCCAAACAGGAGAUGACUGUAUAUCAAUUGGACCAGGGACAACAAAUUUGUUGAUGGACAGAAUACACUGUGGCCCUGGCCAUGGAGUCAGGUAA